CGGCGGAGGGCGUCAUCAGCCAUCACUUGUCGUCUGUUGUUUGUCGCCUUCAGGUUGGCCGUUUUGCUGCGGUUGUCUUACAUGGCCGACGUGUUCCGCAAGCUGCCGCUGCUCCUCCUCGUCGUGAUUCUGCUUGUCGUUGUCGUCUUUGUUCACGUGUGCAUAUUGGGGAGGUUGCCUUCACGUACUCGCAGGAAAGGAGGGGCGAGGAAGAGCGUUGCCAUGGACGUGAGGCGGCCGACUCAGAGGACGUUGUCCGACCCUUAUCCGACCGACCGGGCUCCGAUCUGUGCUGGUGCAGACAGAAGGGCGGCAGGUCCAUCACCGUACGAAGGUCUGCCGCCUCACUUGCAACCGCUGCCCAAUUCGGACGAGGGGGAGGCGGAGGUGGACGUGUCGACGACAGUUCCGCUGGGUAGCGGGUCUACCCAGGAGUGGACAGGUAGCCAGUUGUAUGAUCGCCGCAGGACGAAGUACGGGCAGUCGUUCACUUCCCUCCUUCACGACGACGCGGAGGAGGAGGAUUGCCUCCCCCCUGUCGAUCUCACAUUUUGCCUCCGGAGCGGGAGCCCGUUUUCUGUCACGCGCACUGUGCUCGUGAACCCUCAUCCCGACGACGACGCGGGGCAGGUCACAUUCGGCGGCAGGGGCACGAGGGGCGUAGCGGCGGCAGAGGUGACGUCGGGGAAGACGACGGCAUGGCCUCGAACGCAGGUGACUUCUCGCCUGUCAGUUCCACGCACUGUCGGGCAACGUCCUGAGUGGAUGACCCUCAGUCCUCCUUUGUCCGGGGGGUGCAACGACGUUCGUCGUCCUGUAGAUCGGGCUGUGACUCACGAAGAUUUCCCUUCCGAGGGCGCAUAUGGAGAUGGCAGGCGGGUGUGGAAGGAUGCGAGGCAGGAGUUGCGACGGCAGCAAGAAGAGUCCAUAACGAAAGGUGUGGAGCGUUUACGCGUGGGCGAGCGGAGUGGGCAAGCAGACGUGGCCGCCGGGGGGGGUGAAGCGUGGGCAAACGCUGACGAAGUUCAGUGCGACGUAGACGACGACGACAGCGGCGACGUGUUUCCAUUGCGUGUGCCGAACAUAGGCGGUAGGGGCGGCAGGGGCAGCACUUCGACUAGAGCGGUGCGCAGGCGGACGAGAUCGACGACGGCCUCUGCGGACGCGGAAGGCGAAGGUGAUGGGGAAGGAGGGCGGAAUUUCUGGUCCGUGGAACACAUGGUGGCCCUAAUCAGGGCGAAGCGGUAUCAGAAUGCCCAGCUGCAAGCGUCGGGACACAACUUUGCUCGGAUGCGGACGAGGGAGUGGAAAUGGAUGGACGUCCGGGACAGGUUGCUGAAGGUCGGUGUCGACAGGCCGGAAGACAAAUGCGGGAAAAAAUGGGACAAUCUCAUGCAGCAGUUCAAGAAGGUCCACGCUUUCAUGGGCAUGUCGAGGAAGGAGGACUUCUUCCAGUUGACGAGUCAGCAGAGGGCAGAGAAAGGAUUCAACUUCAACAUGGAUCAAGCCAUCUUCGAGGAGAUCAAAGGGGCGAGGGAGAGGAGCCACACUAUCAGCCCGACCAAUGUUGCAGACACUGGCGGGGCAGGGGGUAUAGCGGCAGGUUGUGCGGCCCUCACCAGUCUCCUCCACCAGCUGUCCGCCAUCGACGUCAUUCGUCUUCACAGCGAUGACGGGAAAAGGGGGAGGGAGUCUAAUCAGGGCGAAGCUGCUACCGCCGUCAAGCGGGGGAGGCAUCAGGCGAAGAAGGCGAAGGCCUCAGGCGGCGGCGCCCUGGUAAUUGGCAGGGCCGCGCGGGAAGAGUGGAUCACGGAGGGCAGCAACGACGAGGACGACGAUUUCGAAUCGGAGGCGGACACGUUUCAUGGCGUCAAAGGGAGCUCGCGCGAACAAACCGCCGCGCGAAAGAUCAGCGGAGAUGAAGGGGGCAAAGGCGGCAUUAAAGGGGAAGGCAUGAACGUCGCGCGUGGUGACAACGACGCAGGGGGCGACGUGGCAGCCGCUGGUGGUGGCAGGGACGAUCGGGGCCGCCAAUUGACCCCGACGACGCGCAACCCCGUGCAAGCAAGGGACGUCCCCGCGGCGCAUGACAUUGGCAGACAGCAGCCGCUGCGGGCAUCGUCGACCCAGGCGAUGCCAGCAGCGGGACAAGCGAGAAGGGAGGAGGGGGCGGCGGUGACUGCAGCAACCAGGCCCCAGCCCCCCGUGUGCAGCGGGGCGAAGGAUGUCGUGGCGGCGGGUGCCAUUACUGGCACGUCGACGGGGGGAGCGGGAGGAGGCGGGGGCGACGGCUGUGAUGGUGAUGAUAACGACGAUCCGCUCAUUAACAGGCAGAGGCGAACGGAAGGCAUGGCGGCUCUGGAGACGAAAGCACGGCUGUGGGUCGACGAUCAUCGUUUCUGGAAUGAGACGGAGGGGCAUGGGCUGGUGAAGAUGAUACAGGAAACUCGCCUGCACCUCCUGGCCAUCGCGAAGGGUGUGAAGCCGCCGGAGAUCAGAA